AAACCAUUCAUUAGCACCACAGAAGCGGAGACGGCUGACAGCAGAGCAAAUAGAUGCGUUAGGUGUUAGCAUCAAAUAAUCAGCAUAGUCUUAAUUAUUUUACAGUAUAUCCAGCUAUGGAGUUGUCUGAAAUAUUGUACAACAAAGCGGAGUAUAUCGAAACGGCUUCGGGCAACAAAGUGAGCAGACAGUCAGUGCUAUGUGGGAGUCAAAACAUCGUCCUGAACGGCAAAACGAUCGUCAUGAAUGACUGCAUUAUCCGAGGGGAUCUGGCUAAUGUUAGGGUGGGCAGACACUGUGUUGUGAAGAGCCGGAGUGUCAUCCGACCACCUUUCAAGAAAUUCAGCAAAGGAGUGGCAUUCUUCCCUCUGCACAUUGGUGACCAUGUCUUCAUCGAGGAGGACUGUGUGGUCAAUGCAGCACAGAUUGGUUCAUACGUCCACAUCGGCAAGAACUGUGUCAUAGGUCGUCGCUGUGUGCUCAAGGACUGCUGUAAGAUCUUAGACAACACGGUGCUUCCACCUGAGACAGUAGUGCCUCCUUUUACUGUUUUCUCUGGAUGCCCAGGUUUAUUUUCAGGGGAGCUCCCAGAAUGCACGCAGGACCUGAUGAUCGAUGUCACCAAGAGUUAUUACCAGAAGUUCCUGCCCCUCAGCCAGAUCUGAGCCCUGGUCCUGAACCUCCAACGGGGUCUGCUCCUUGGCCCCAGAUUGAGGAUCACAUCAGACUGAAACAGACUUUGAGAGCUCAUCUUCUGUCUCCACCACACAGAGACCUUGAGCUUCUCGUCCUAAGGAAACUUUUAGGUCCAAGCAAAAGAACUUAUAUGAAUCAACUUAGAAGUGUCAGCAGCACAUAAAUAAAAUCUGUAGUUCAGCUGUACAAAGGGGUUUUGCAUGUUUGCAGCUCCAAAUUGCAUAAAGAAGUAAUUAUUGGAUAACAUUUUCCUUAGGUGUUGCUUAUGUUAGUCACAGGUGAACACCCCUAAUCUUGAAGCUCAGUUUUAAAUAUGUCGUCCUGUGACCGCUGUGAUUUCCUGAUGAAUGAGGUCCAUGCAGUCUGAGAGUCUGUGGAUUAUUAUGCAGAACUCUGACUACGGAAGGAAAAAAGGUUUGGUUUUCUUUUUCUUUUUUUUUUUUUUUUUUUUUUUUACAAAUGUGGACACACAGCUUGAACCAGAUAUCAACCAUGGACCAAAAGAGUAGCAACAAGUUAUGUUUAAAGGUAACAGCUGUACAUGUGCACUAUUUAUCUAUAGGUAAUUUGGGCAGAAGAAUCGUUGACAAAUUAACAGUAUUCUGUUAUUUUAUUUUUUGCUUGUUUGCUUUGUUGUUUUACUGAUUUACCAUAAAAAAUGACGCAACGCUGA